UUGAGACUCAGGUCAGUUCUUCCACACCACUAGGUGUCGCUAUCUAACGCUGGUAAAUCCACCGCUCGCGUGUGUCGGUGUACAGGAAGUGUUGUGUGUGUGUGUGUAAGUGUGUAAGUGUGCGUGAGUGUGUGUGUGUACAGGAGCCGGCGUGACUUUCAGCCUGACAUCUCUCAGCUCAUCAGGAAGAAUCACACAACAACCGCGACCGAUCCAGAUCCUGAAAUGCGUCUUCUGAAGGCAGCACUCACUCUCAGCCGGCUCAGUCCGCACGAAUCUGGUAAUGGCAACAUCAAGCAGGUGUUGAUAAACAUUUGCCGGCCGUGCUCUUCCGGAAUCACGCCGAAUGAAAGGAUCCGCAACGUUGGCAUCUCGGCGCACAUCGACUCUGGCAAGACGACCUUGACGGAGCGGGUGCUGUACUACACCGGUAGAAUAGCAGAAAUGCACGAGGUAAAGGGGAAGGAUGGAGUGGGAGCUGUCAUGGAUUCCAUGGAGCUGGAGAGACAGCGGGGCAUCACCAUCCAGUCAGCGGCCACCUACACAAUGUGGAAACAGCACAACAUCAACAUCAUCGACACACCAGGUCAUGUCGACUUCACUAUCGAGGUAGAGCGGGCGUUGAGGGUUCUGGACGGGGCUGUUCUGGUCCUGUGUGCUGUUGGAGGAGUGCAGUGUCAAACCAUGACCGUAAACAGACAGAUGAAGCGCUACAGCGUUCCCUUUCUCACCUUCAUCAAUAAGCUGGACCGCUCGGGAGCGAAUCCCUACCGAGCACUCAAGCAGCUCAGAACCAAACUGAAUCAUAAUGCAGCGUUCGUUAACAUACCCAUCGGGCUUGAGGGAGACCUGCGGGGCAUCAUCGAUCUCAUCGAGGAACGCAGCAUCUACUUUGAAGGUCCUUGUGGGCAGAGCAUCCGUUAUGAUGAGAUCCCGGCUGAGAUGCGGGCGGAGGCGGCUGAGCGGCGGCAGGAGCUGGUGGAGUGUGUGGCGAACGCUGAUGAAACUCUAGGGGAGAUUUUUCUGGAAGAAAGAAUUCCCACCGUGGACGACCUCAAGGCGGCCGUACGCAGGGCCACCGUUCAGCGCUCCUUCUCUCCGGUGCUUGUAGGCAGCGCUCUCAAAAACAAAGGAGUUCAGCCCCUGCUGGAUGCCGUACUGGACUACCUGCCCAACCCCAGCGAGGUCAACAACUAUGCCAUCCUCAACGAAGAGGAGUCGACUAAUAGCAGUAAGAUUCUGAUGGAUUCAACCAGAGACGCUUCAAAGUCCUUUGUAGGCUUGGCCUUCAAAUUAGAGGCCGGGCGUUUUGGUCAGCUCACAUACGUGCGUGUCUAUCAGGGCUGUCUGAAGAAGGGCGAGUACAUUUAUAACACGCGCACGGGUAAGAGGGUGCGGGUGCAGAGGCUGGUAUGUCUCCAUGCGGAUCAGAUGGAGGAUGUUGAAGAAGUGUACUCGGGUGACAUCUGCGCCCUGUUCGGGAUCGACUGUGCCAGCGGAGACACCUUCACAGCUCGCACAAGUGCCAACCUCUCAAUGGAGUCCAUCCAUGUUCCUGAACCGGUCAUCUCGAUGUCUAUAAAACCAGCCAACAAGAACGAUACAGACAAGUUCUCCAAAGGGAUCAACCGUUUCACCAGAGAGGAUCCGACGUUCAGGGUACACUUUGAUACGGAGAGCAAGGAGACCAUCAUCUCGGGCAUGGGGGAGUUACAUCUGGAGAUCUACUCUCAGAGGAUGGAAAGAGAGUAUAACUGCCUGUGUGUGAUGGGGAAACCUAAAGUGGCCUUCAGAGAGAGUAUCACCGGGCCUGUAACAUUUGAUUUCACCCACAAGAAGCAGUCUGGGGGAUCUGGACAGUACGGUAAAGUGGUGGGCACUCUGGAACCCUUAGAUGCGGAAAGUUACACCAAGGUUGAAUUCGAAGACAGAACCAUUGGCACCAACAUACCCAAACAGUUUGUGCCGGCUGUCGAAAAAGGUUUUAAGGAGGCCUGUGAGAAAGGACCUCUGACAGGAUACAAGAUCUCUGGGGUGAGAUUCGUACUGGACGACGGAGCUCAUCACAUGGUGGAUUCCAACGAGAUCUCCUUCAUCCGAGCAGGAGAGGGCGCUAUGAAACAAGCUAUGGAGAAGGCUAACGUGGUCCUUCUUGAGCCCAUUAUGUCUGUGGAGAUCGUUGCGCCUAACGAAUUCCAGGGGGUGGUCAUCGCCGGGGUCAACCGUCGUCAUGGUGUCAUAUCCGGGCAGGACGGGACGGAGGGUUACUUCACCCUGUACGCCGAUAUUCCUCUCAACGACAUGUUUGGAUAUUCCACAGAGCUGCGGUCAUGUACUGAGGGUAAAGGAGAGUACACCAUGGACUACAGCAGGUAUCAGCCGUGCCUCCCCUCUGUACAAGAGGAGCUCGUAAACAAGUACCUGGAAGCUACAGGCCAGUUGCCUGCCAAGAAGAGCAAAUGGAAGAACUGAGAACAAUAGAAGAAUUUGGUUGUUUAAGUGAUAUAUGUAUAUUUUUAUGUUCUUCCGGCUCUGGAGAGACCUGCAGGCGGUUUUAUGGACGCGGUGUGGACUCGGGGGACGCCUCUGAGGAUGCAUGUACAGUGGAUUGUUUUGUACUGUGUACAGCAUAUUGUAAGGAUCUGUGUAAUUAAAAAUCUCUGCCAGCUUC